UUUUAAUAUUUGUUUAAAAAUAAAUUUUAAAAAAAAUUCUAAAAAAGUACUACAUUCGCUAUAUAUUAAAGAACGGACUUAACUCUAAAAAAUACAAGAUGAAUCAGACAUGCAAAGUGUGCGGUGAACCCGCGGCCGGAUUCCACUUCGGUGCCUUCACAUGUGAGGGUUGCAAGUCGUUUUUUGGUCGAUCGUACAAUAAUCUCUCAUCGAUCAGCGAAUGCAAAAACAAUGGAAAAUGCAUAAUCGACAAGAAAAAUCGAACGACUUGCAAAGCCUGCCGCCUACGCAAAUGCUACACGGUGGGCAUGUCGAAAGGCGGUUCGCGUUAUGGGCGCCGUUCAAACUGGUUCAAAAUACACUGUUUGCUGCAAGAGCAACAACAGCAAGCAGUCGAAGCUGCUGGGAAAGCAGCCAAUGUUGGCGCACCCGGGGCAUUCGGCGAUAUGGCCGCCGCAGCAGCUGCUGCCGCCGCACAACAACACAUGCAACAACGCAACUCGCACUUAGCUGCCGCACAACAUAUGGGCGGCUUGUUGGGCUAUCCAACGUAUUUGCCUGAUAUGAUGCAAACAACAACACCGUAUAUGUCUGCUGCCGCCCGUCAUCCAGCUGAUGCCGCCGCCGCAGCUCUCCCAUUCUUCAACAUGAUCAAUUCGCUGCCAAAUAUGAGUUCAGCGCAAUCUGCUUUUCAACUUCCGCCACAUUUACUAUUCUCCGGUUAUCAUCCAAGUGCUGCAGCAGCCGCCGCUGCAGAUGCAGCGUACCGUACCGAAAUGUUCAAACAUCGCCAGUCAGUGGACUCUGUUAAUUCGGGUGAAUCAGUGAGAUAUUCCCCAACCAGUCGUGCACAUUCAAUCGUCGAAGAAGAUCGUCUAUCUGCAUCCGCACUACGUCAUUCGCCUGAAUUGUGUGUAUCCGGUGAUGAGGAUCAUGUAACUGAACAUCACUCUUCAUUGUCGCAUCACUCGGCGUCACCAGUAUCAGUACAUACAAUACACAGUCCCAUCGCCAUACGUGCCACACCCAAGAGUUUCAGUCCUGUCAACAGUAAUAGUGCCAGUCAAACAUUUUCCCCAACACAUUCUCUGGCGGAACCUGUUGCACCAGUCGCUGCGGAUCCAACUUUCGCAGCAAAAAUGCAGUCGGUGUCACCUGUUUGUUCACUGGGCACAGAAUCAACAGUUGCCAGUGCUGCCCCCGUAAGAAACACAGACAAUCAAGAUUGUCCCAUGGAUCUCAGUAUGAAGACGUCAAUCAGUUCAGUGCACAGUUUCAAUACAAGCACCGGAGAAAGCGAUGUCCACAGCGAUUCUAGUGAGGAAGAAUUACGUCAAUCCACCACACGCAAAUUCUUCCAGCUCACCAGUGAGAACGAAUCAGACACAUCCUCGGAUUGCAUCAACGGCAGCGAAAAUGCCAAACGUCAAAAGAUCAGCGCCGAAGGAACACAAAACUACAACGGCUUCGCGAACAACCCGACCAGCCUGCGCGGCAUAUUUGUUUGCGUCUAAAAGGGGAGGAGCAAUGCUCUUGCUUUGCGUUUAUGUUUCGUUAUUUGCUUACAGUUUAUUUAUUUAUUUUAUUCUUCC